GAGGGACGUUGUGGGGGUUGGUUGGUGGCAUCAGGGAGCGCGAGCAGGUUCAGGGAGCGCGCGCGGGACGGGUACUGAUACGGAUUGUGAAAGCGCCGAAGGAGACCUUUCGACAGAGUUGUGUUUAUCUGCGAUUUAGUGCCGCUCUGUUGUCCUGCUCCCAACCCUGCACACUGUUUCCAUUCAAGUAAUCAUUCAGUCCAGUGAACUCUGAGGUGUCUCUCGAUUGAGAUCGACCACGCAUUUAUGUUUAGAAAUUUUGGAAUUGAGACGUUUGAAGAUGGAUCGAGGGAUAAUUGUGAGGCUGUCUGUUAAACUGGGGAUCGAAUCAAGGAAAGUGAUCCAUUCAUUCCAUGGAGGGCUUUGCUAAUCUUGUUAGUGUACAUAGCUCUAUGUGCAGGUGAAGCCAUGACUUCAUAAAUCUUGGAAAGCAGAAGAAUACUUGCGUCUGUUAGAGGUGAAGUGUACAGGAUUUUCUGCCCAUGUUACAGCAGCCAGCAGCGCAGUGAUGUGUCUUGACCUUGCAGCAGCUUCUCUUAAAUAUCCGCUUGACAAGGAUUGUGCUCUAAAACUGGCUGGCUUGACCAAGAAGGCUUAUCAGGUUCAUUUGAAAGCAUUGGAGAGCAUUCUUGGAUUGUACUCACAGCUAGGGAUCCGAGAUCUAGCAGUUCAAUAUGGUUGCACAGAGGCAGUAGAUGCAUCAGUCAAGAUUCUGAAGAGAUAUGAAACCAGUCUGUCAGAAGCACAGCAAAGUGAUCUUGACUUCUCAAAACCCCUUUUCACCACUGCCGCUUUAUUUACUGCAUGCAAAUGUUUGAAAAUUAAGAUUGACAAGUCCAAACUCGUUGCCUCAUCGGGUGUGAAAAAGACCAUCUUUGACCGACUCUGCUCUCAGAUGGAAGUAUUUGGACAACUUAUUUGCAAUGAACCUUUUGAACAAUCGAAACACCUUAAGAGACAUAAGCCAUUGGUGGAAAAACUAGAAAAUGAGGAAGAUGAAGAUGUUGCAACAGAACCCAAACGAGAAAAACCUGAAUCUAAAGCAACCAAGGAACAGGAAUAUGAAGAGUGGAAAAGGCAAAUUCUAGAAAAUGCCGUGAAAGUCAAGCAGAAUAAUUUUUAGUACCUCCUUUUUAAUUUUUCAAAACUGCAACCCUCAUUUGAAAUUAUUGGUGGCAGAAAUGAAAUCUUCUGCCAAUUGAACUGUUUGACGUGGUAAAAUCAGAAUUUUGAUUUCUGUUGACUUUGUUUUUAGCAACCUAAUCUGUGAACUUUGACCUACAUAACAUUUAUCCCUGUCUAUAAAUAUGAAGCCUGACUGUCGUCAUAGAAACUAUUCAAAUACACAGCUUAAAUCAAGUUUGCAACUACUGGUGCUUUUAUGGUACUGCAGUCCACCACAGAAGGCAUGAGGAAUUUGUGGCUACUGAAGAAACUGAAACUAAAACUAAAUAGUAAAUCAAAAGACUUCGUAAUUUUAUUUUGAGAAGUAACUUUUUUGGCAGUUUAAUUAAUUUUCUGUAUACCUUACAAAAUUGUUGCCUUUUAAACUUAUAAUUUUUAUGUGUUGAAGUAGAAAUUCUUUGGCUUAAGAAGUUUAAAAUUUUUCUGGGUUUUCUCCUGCCUGUACUUAGAAGCCUCUUUCAAGGGACCACCAAAACCAAAUGCCGCAUCUUGUGAAAAUAAAUACGUCUUGGGCUUGAGGGCAGAGUUUCCAUUUUUCAAGCACAGCUAAUAUACAUUGCCCAUUGAGCUAAACUCAGAAAAUCAUGAGCCUGCAAUUCUGAUGCUCAUGGCAAGAUGGGCCUCUCCCAUCAAUGUCAUGUGGCUCAUUUUAAUCCUACCAGUAGAGAGAAAACUAUUACUAUUUAAAUUUCUGUCAAUUGUUGAUUACAAAAAUAAUUACAUAUAAUUGUUGAUAUACCAAAGUUGACUUUGUCAGUUGUUGAUAGAAUUAUGAAUUUGCAGCUGUGAAUACAAGAAAAUUUUCAGAUUACAUUUUUGUCAGUUUGCUAGGAAGAACAUGUAGAACCUUGCAUGAGGGAAUGUAGAUGUCACUAAUAAGCUGCUUCUACAUGAUGUUCACAUACACUCUCCAGCAGGAAUAGGAAUCUGAAGCAUAAAGUCUGUUGUUUUGUUUAUUUGCUCUUUGCCAUGGAUAUUGUCUUUAAUGUCAGAUGAGAUUUAAUUAAUUUACAAUAGACUGACAUCCUGAUAUUUUAUCCUUGUAUAUGAAUGUGGUCUUGUGCAAAUGGAUCAGAAAGUUUGAAUUUGAUCCUCAACCUGUCCUUGGUAAAUGUGACCUUGGAAGGCAUGAAAGAUGCCUAACUUUUAACAAACACUUGCUUUUAUCCAGAACUUUCUUAAUGUAAAAAAAAUUGUUCUGAGGCUGCUUUGCUGUGCAAAUUAGAGUACACUUUAGUUUAACCUUUCCUCUUCAAAGCUGUUAUUAUGAUUUCACAGGCCUCCCUAUCGCCCCAUCAUUCAGAUUAGAUCAGUGGGGAUUCAUGACUCAAAUCUGUCUUUCUGCCUUUGCUACAUACCUUGAUACCAUUUUCUCAAAAAACUCUUAUUGAUGAUAACCUUGACAAGAUUAGAAUGCCCAUGUUUGCAGACUUGCUGGGGAGUGUUCUAAAUUUUUAUUACCUUUUGUGUGAAAAGAUGCUUCAUGGUGUCAUUCAUGAAGCUGUAAUUUUGAGAUUAUAUCUUCUGUUUCAGAGCCAAUAGUUUAUCUGCAUUAACUCUAUAAAGUCCUUUAAUAAUAAUCUGGUCAUCACCAAUUAAUCUUUUAUGUUCGCGGAUGUAAAAGCCAAUUUUCGACAACUUAUCAUAACUCAUAAAUGGUACAUUAAAUCCUGGUAAUAUUCUGGUACAUCUUCACACUUUCACACUAAUAUGAGAACUGUCUGUUCAUUCUCACUGGCAUUUGUUUUUUCAAUGAUGAUGAUAUUGUAUUUUAAAUAUUGUUGCUAUGUCACCCAUUCUUUCCACAGACAUUUAAAGCCUUAAGUAUUAAGCUACUGUUCCCCCCCCGCCCCAUUUGGUAGCCAGGUCUCUGGUUUGGCUACUACAUCGUACUCCUUGCAGUCAGUUUCUUAGCGAGACAGAAACAAAAUCUGUUGUUAAAUUUAAAUAAAUAUCCAGUGUGAGA